AUGUCUGAACAUUUCGGUGUCAUAGACUAUACGGUGUUUAUAGUAAUGUUAAUCAUAUCGACAUUCAUUGGGUUUUUCUAUGCCUGGAAAGACAGGAACAACACCAACGAGGAUGAGUUCCUCAGAGGUGGUAAACAUAUGUCGGUACUGCCCGUAUGCCUGUCCAUAAUGGCCAGUUUUAUGUCUAGUACCGGGUUUAUCGGUUUUCCGGUUACCGUUUACGCUACCGGGACUAUGGUCUGGUCGGGACUGUUGCCGGCCGUAUUGGCCGCAGUGUUGGCCUGCGAAGUGUUUCUACCCGUCUAUUACAACAUGAAUCUGACGUCAGUUAAUGAAUACCUAUUCAAACGGUUUCAGUCACACAAACUUCAGGUCAUCGGCAAUGUGUCGGCGCUUAUAUCGCUUAUACCAUUUUUUGGUGUUGAACUCUUUGCACCGGCCAUAGCACUGUCCAUUGUGACCGAUAUGUCCAUCAAGUCAAGCAUAUUGAUUAUCGGCCUAAUUGUUACACUGUAUACAUCAUUGGGCGGACUCAAGGGUGUCAUUUGGUCGGAUGUUUUCCAGUUUAUCGUAAUUAUUGCCGGUUUGAUGGUCAUUGUUAUUAGAGGUGCCAGUGUAUCGGGAGGUUUGGCCAAAGCUUUCGAGAUAGCCCACACCGGAGGUCGUAUUGAAUUUUGGAAUAUGGAUUUAGACAUCUACAGUAUCAACUCGUUUUGGGUAAUCCUAUUCGGCUUUACAGUCCUCUGGUGCGGUACACUGAGCACCUCACAGCUACAGGUGCAGCGGGCCGUAUGCAUGCCAUCGAUGCGGGCGGCCAAACGGGCACUCUAUCUGGCAAUGCCCGGCUUUGUUGUUGUACUGUCGCUGAUCGUAUUGAUCGGUAUUGUUAUGUACGCCCGCUAUGCCGACUGCGAUCCAUUGCUUACCGGCCGCGUAACCCGUGCCGACCAAUUGUUACCCUAUUUUGUACUGGAUAUCUUCAAGGACCAGUUCCCCGGUAUGCCCGGCAUGUUUGUGGCGUUCAUAUUUGGCGGUUCGCUCAGUACCCUGUCGUCCGGUUUGAAUGCCAUGGCAUCGAUCAUUUGGGACGAUUACGCCCGCGAUCUGUGCGCCGGUUGGCUGCCAAAAGCGUACAGUGUCUACGCUACCAAAGUGUUGGCCAUUUUGAUUGGACUGUUAUCUAUUGGACUGGCAUUUGCCGUACAGUUGACCGACAAUAUUGUCGAAGCAGCUGUCAUGUUGUACGGUUCGGCUAAUGGGCCGAUAUUUGCCUUGUUUUGUUUGGGGCUGUUUGUUCCCUGGGCUAACGCUUAUGGAGGCGUUGCGGCCAUCAUAUUGGGUCAGAUGUUCAGCUUCUGGAUUACCAUCGGUUAUGUGGUCAACAAACGCGAUCCCCGGUCACUGAUGUUGCCGUUAAGUGGCGAGGCCUGCGCCGACCGUAACAUAACUGUCCCGAAUGCAAAUUUUACCCAAUGGACAACACUGAGCGAAAUGUCUACCUAUAAGAUACCGGCCUACGAGCCGACAGGUAUGGCCCAAAUAUACCACAUAAGCCCCUAUUUAGUGCCAUUCAUCGGCUUUAUUGUCAGCUUUAUCAUCGGCAAUGUGGUCAGUCUGGCCACUCGGGGCAACAAAAAUACACCGUUAGAUAAUAAUCUUAUUCAGCCUCGCGUAUGCUAUUAUAUGGAAAAAUUGUUGCCAAACAGUUGGCGUCAAUUGCACAAUGAUUUAGCUAAACUACCGGUGCCGUCGUCCCCAGUCAAUAAUAAUGGCACCAAUACUAUCAGUAAUAAAUCUAAUGAUAUCAAAAUAGAUGCCAAUACUAAUCACAAUAAUAAUAAUACAAAAAAUAAUUACUCAAAAUUUGUGUGA